UAUUAACUCUCUGACUAAUUGGAAAUACUCCAAACCAAGUGUAAAAAUUCUAGAAAAAAAAUUAAGUUUACUCUGUGACUAUUUUAUUUUACUGAAAAUUUAAAGCUACCUCGAAAUAAAUAACUGAAAAAAUGCGUUCUACAAUUUUGCUUUUGGUAGUCGCACUUUUCAUUGUAAUGAUCAAUGGAAUGUGUCCAUGUCCAAGAAACUACGAUCCUCUUUGUGGCAGUGAUGGAAGAACUUACAACAACCAAUGCCUAUUUGAUUGUGCGCUACGAGAAAGAAUUGAAAAAAACGAGCCCAUAAUAACAGUUGUCAGUCACACUCCAUGUUUCAAGUAUAUGCCUCUUCACGGAUUUGGAAAUGAUUAUUUAUAUGAAUAAUUUAAAUUAAAUUAAUUACUUUUAAUUUUAUUAUAAAUUACAUUUGUGUAUAACUAAAUAUAUGUAUAUAUGUAUGUUUUUCGAAAAAAAAGUUUAAGACUACACUGAUAAUGAAUUUAUUCGAUUCAAGUAAAUUACUUGUCUAUUUAUUUGAUAGUAGAAAUGGUUUAUUUGAAUUAAAUAAAUUUUUUUUCAGUGUAAUAUUUAUAU